UAAUGUUAAACAUACCCUAUGGAAACUUGCAUUUGAUUGGUGUCUUUCUAAACAGAAACUCGUUAUUCAUAAACUAUUUCUAAACAGAUGAAGAUAGUAAUAACUGAGAAAGAAUGGAUCUACAAUUAGCGAUAAUAAUGAUCGUAAUAUUAUUAAGACGCAAUGUUAAAUGUGUAUUCAAGAGACUGGAAAUAGAAGCAUCUGCAUUAAAAAAUGAUUAUAUAAAUACUACAAUGCAAGAUAACGAUCAAGGAAAAGUGUUUGUCCUCAUUCCUGUCAUUGACCAAGAAGAAAAAGCACCAAUCACGGAUGACGAUGAUGAUGUGGAAGAAUUAGCGCAUGCUGAAGAUGACACAUCUAUCGCGGACGCUUUGAGGGAGCGAGUCAAGGUUCUCUGUUUGGUCAUGACCAGUCCUGACCACGACGUAAAAGCCAUACACGUAAAACAAACGUGGGGGAAAAGGUGUAAUAAACUAAUUUUCUUUAGCACCCAAGGGGACGCGGAACUACCAGCGAUAAAGGUAGAAGAUUCGGCACAAAAUUCGUGGAAAAUGAUGAAGGAAGCUCACCGGUACAUCUAUCAAAACCAUUUGUUCGACGCUGAUUGGUUUCUCCAAGCGGAUGACCUUACUUACGUCAUUUUGGAAAAUCUCAGAUAUAUGCUAAUGAACCAUAACACAACAGAACCUAUAUAUUUUGGAUCUAGUGUCAAGGGUCCGGCUUUUUAUAUGAAACAGGUGUUCCGAAGCAGCCGCGCGGGCAUUGUAUUGAGCAGAGAAGCCCUGACCCGUCUCAUUGUGGAGACCGUGCAGGGACGCAAGCGGUGCUACGCUGACCCGAUGUCGGUCGACGACGAACAAAUGGCUCGAUGUUUAAGCCUGAUCGGCGUGAAGGCUGUGGACACAAGGGACCCGUACCAACGAGGAAGACUCUUCCCGGACAACCCACACAACCUUCUCAUCCCAAAGAUUGACCACGACUGGUACUGGACUAAUAUCCAUAGAGGCAAAACGGGCCGCGGCUGUUGCUCAGAACAAGCGGUAACCUUCCAUUACGUGCCUUCAAGCUUGAUGUAUGUACUGGAGUAUUUCAUCUACCACCUUAGACCCUUCGGCAUCAGUUACAACUACGACACACAUUAUAAUUUUAGAAAAUAUAACACUAAACAAAAAAAAUCUUAUAAUAAACAAACAAUAUAAAGGCAUGUUCAUUUAAUUAACACCUGUGUCAUGUUUUUUGUACCUACACCUAAUACUAACAAAUCCUAACUAAUAUUAUAAAUGCGAAAGUAUAUG